CAAGAAGCAGAAGUGCCAGAACUACUGUAAGAAGGUGCAAACCUAAUUCGUCCAUUUUCGACCAAUAUGGAGAGCUUUCGAGUAUGGCUUGUUCUAGGAAUAGUUAGUCUUUCACUUGGACAUGUUGCUGAGGGAGCAGUAGACACGGGGACUAUUUUCUUCCGUUGUUAUAAGGGUGCCUCGUUUAACGAUGUUAACAUCAAACAAAUAGGCAAUCUGAUUCCUCAAUUGAAUUUGCGCGAGCAGACAGUGUUUCACAUUCAUGGCUACACAGAGAACGUGGAACAUGAAAGUGUCACAAUAAUAGUAAAAGCUUAUCUCAAUUAUACGACGAAGAAUAUAAUCGCAAUCGACUACAGACAACUCGCAGACAACGAAAAUUACUUCGUCGACGUGGAGCAUGUCAAGGAUGCUGGUAGUGCUAUUGCCAAUGCACUGGAUAUACUGGUAGCGAGGGGCUUGAACCCCAAUAAUAUUCACAUAAUUGGACAUUCCUUAGGUGGUCAAGUUGCUGCAUUCGUAGGGUCCCAUACAAAUUUCACUGUUGCUAGAAUAACAGGUUUGGAUCCCGCUGGUCCUUUGUUCUACACUGGGAGAUACUUACAGGCAAGCGAUGCUGCAUUUGUCGACAUUAUACAUACUGAUGAAGGUGCCGUCGGUCAACCUUAUAACAGUGGCGACGUGGAUUUUCUCCCUAACGGGGGACACAGGCCACAGCCUGGCUGUUCUGUUCUGCCUUUCACACAUGACCCUGAAGUAAACUGCAAUCAUCAUAGAUCCUGGCGGUUCUAUGCAGAAUCGGUCGGUAAUCCUCGUGGAUUCUUGGCUGACCGAUGCAGCGGUGGAAUUCUAUUUAAUGAGAAAAAAUGUGACCGAUCAGAUGUAAUCCCUAUGGGAUACGCUACGCCAUCUAAUGCUAGGGGCUUGUAUUACCUCAAGACAAAUUCAAAAUUCCCGUUCGCCUUAGGAUUGAAGGGACUAUAUUGAAUUUUCUAACUGGAGUGUAUACUUUACAACUUGUAUUUCAAACAAUAAAAUGAACGGCAAAACUAAAGGUACUUGACACGUUAAAAUACUGUAGAAUAAGAUAAAAAUGUAGAAUACUUGUAGGAUAAGAUAAAAAUAUUUGCGUAAAAA